AUGGCUAAACAGCCUCAGAAUCAACUCUAUGCAUUAGAUCCGGCCCUAGAGGCUCGAUUGACCUUGUCAUCCUUCGAGGACAAGUUCGACCUCAAAGAGUUCAUAGGUUCGGUUUCAGACAAGUUGAUCGCCAAAUCGCAAGAGGAACCUGGUCCAUUUACACCAGUUCCCUUCAUUCGCACAUUUGAGUCUGUUGUCGACCGACUUAUUACCAUUCGCAAAGAUCUACAGCAACGGACAGAGCAGAUGGAGAAGAGUGUCAAACAGGCAGAAAGGGAAUUCAGCACGCGAAUGAAGGGUCUUAACGACAACUUCGAGGCAAGCAUUCUGCCUCCGUCAUCCAUUUCCUCACCCAUCGCAGGAGGUGAACAGCUCGAAUCUGUCCACGCGUCACGUCUGCGAGCACAGGCUGCGCAUGAUUUGAUCGAUUUUUAUAUCCAAUUCUCGCGUAACGACGUCACAAAACUAGACGUUUUGAGGAAAGAAGGUGGGAAGGAAGGAAGAAUGAAGCUUGCGAUCCUAUUGCGCCGAAUGAAAACCACAGCCAAAGAGGUGGAUAUUCCUAUCGCAGAACAGGUCAAGGAGAAUGUCGACAAGUAUUGUGAAAAGUUUGAAAAGGAUAUGCUGCGUCUCUUCGAUCGCAGCUAUCGAAAAGGAGACCCGACAAUGAUGGCGCACUGUGCAAAGGUGCUAUUGGAAUUUAAUGGAGGGGACACCUGUGUGCGAAUAUACGUCAAUCAACACACCUUUUUCAUCGGAAAGUCUGGCGAAGUGAAAAUACCUGAUGCCGACGAAGUGUGGGAACCCUUACCUGAUCCAGAUGAACCUCCGCCAGCAAACGAACCUGGUUUAGCCAAAUUGUACCGUGAAAUUAAAAGUACAGUGGGAGAAGAGGUCAAGAUUGUGGAGCAUGUCUUCCCUAAUCCUGGAAGCGUCGUGCAGAUCUUCUUGAUGAGAGUAUUUGCCCAAUCGAUCCAGCAAUACCUUGAAGCACUCCUCAAUCGGGCUGCCGCGGUUUCAGCAUUGGCAUUUCUGCGUAUCCUCAAGCUCGCACAUGCACAAACGACAAGUUUGGUUGAAUUCUUGAAGAGUUAUGAUCCCAGCACAGCGCUCUUUCGCUAUAACGAAAAUAAGCCAUCAGCCACUUCGCGUCUCAAUAAUCAGUCUUCGACGCCAGGUCCAAGUGUCGCUUUGUCAAUGAUGCUUGACGGUGCUAUGGAGGAGCUAUUCGUGCCAUACACGGAAGGCCAGCGAUAUAUCGAAAAGGAACUAAAGAGUCUAAGUGAGCUAUAUAUCCUCAAUCUUUAUCCGUUUGGCAAGUGGCAUGAAUCAGUAUCUCGCUCAAAGACAAGUGGCGGAUUCUUCGACAGAAUGAAAAAUCAGCUCGCUUCGACUGCGGCUGCAACCUCUUCGGUUACUGGUAACGCCACGGCAACCGCACAAGCCGCACAAGCGCUCCUCAAGUAUAGUGGUAUCAAUCCAAACGCAGCGAACAAGGAGAGUGAAUAUCAACCUGUGGAAGACGAUGGCAAACUCAAGGUUGAAGUUGCCGAAAAGAUGCUCAAAUGGCAUGCUGAAUCCAUUGGGCGAUGCGUUGAGCUGAGCGCACAAGGCGACCUCCCAAAGAAUGUCUUUUCCCUCAUGCGAACGCUCAGUGAUGCAAUCGGGAGAGGAUAUGUUGAAACUGCCCUAGAGACUGCCCAGAAUCGUUUGGAUACACGAGAUCCAAAAUUGGAGCCAGAAUACUCGAUCCUGAGCGUCAUUCGCCAGGUUGAGCUCAUUUGCCAUCUGUGGCAACAAUAUGUUUCGGUUGCACUACUGCCACUGGCGUCCUCGUCGAUCGUGGUAAGACGAGAGAUGGCACUCUUCAACAAUCAAGUCAUCAACCGCAUAGAAGGUUUGACUACUGGAGUCCUACAGCGCUUAGCCGAUGCAACAGUGAAAUGGUUGACUACCCAGCUUGGGAAACAGAAGAAGACGGAUUUCAAACCACGUAACGACGACCUAUCGCAGACAAAUACAGAAGCCUGUCAAGCAUCGUGCAAUACUCUGAAAAAGGUGCAUGAAGCGGCCAAAGAGUUUCUUAGUGGGGGGAACCAGGAGUCAUUCUUGAUGGAAAUUGGUGUCAACUUCCACUCUCUACUCCUUGACCAUCUUAAGAAAUUCCCCGUCAGUGCAACAGGAGGUGUCGCACUCGCAAGGGAUUUGAGAAGCUACCAGGAGGCUGCUCAGCGGUUCAAUAUCCCAAUCGUGGACGAACGCUUCGAGUUCCUACGCCUUCUCGGGAAUCUCUUCAUGCUUCCACAUGAUGCGAUCAAACAGUAUACCGAAGAUAAUGCACUAGGAGGCGUCGACCUUGGCCUCCUCAAACCAUAUCUCAUGCAGCGAAGCGACUGGGGAUCGUUUUCAAUUGCUGGCAUGGAUGGAUCCAGCGACCCAACACCUGUAGAGCAGGAUACUGGUACAGGAUUGAUGGAAAGGUUUGGCUCAGGACGUCUUGGGACGAUGAUGAAGGAAUUGGAGAACUUGAGGAUAGGUACAGAGGAUCUCAAGCUGCCAUCACUUCCUACGAUGCCCACAAUGCCAUCUAUGCCGUCUAUGCCAUCAAGACCGUUCGGCCUUGGUGCACCCUCAGCUUAG